AUGUACAAAGCUGCUGUCGUGGGAACACGAGUCGUAUCCGAAAUCACUGAUUGGCUCGUAGGCAAAUACCUCAGAGAGGAUCUGAAAAGCCUGAUAACUGAAGAUGGCGCCUGGAAGGCAUUUGUGGAAGCAGCAGAGUUGUCAAGUGACCAGGAAGUUGCACUGCGUGAUGCUCUGGAGAAGCAUUUAGCACAGGAGCCCACAGAUGAAAAGGACAGGCUUGAAAGGGAGCUGCAGAAAAAGAGGUUUUUGGAACAAUUUCCUGAGUUGAAAAGGAAACUUGAAGAACACAUCAGGAAGCUCCGAGACCUGGCUGACCAUCUUGACCAGGUGCACAAGGGCUGCACCAUCUCCAAUGUGGUGUCCGGCUCUGUCGGUACUGCCUCUGGAGUCCUGGGCAUCCUUGGAUUAGCUCUGGCCCCCUUCACAGGAGGGGCCAGUCUGCUGGUCUCAGCAACUGCGGCGGGGCUGGGAGCAGCUGCAGGUGUGACUGGUCUCACCACCAGCAUUGUGGAAGAUUCAAGUCAAUCAUCAGAUGAGGCUGAAGCCAGGCGCCUAGUUGGGGCCAGCAAGAGUAUACUUCAGGUGAUUCGGGAUCUCAUCCCUAAGGAUGAAAUCAAAAUAUUUAACACAGGUGUGGAUUUAGUCAAUGCCUGGAAAACCAUAGGGCAGCAGAUCCGUGCCUUCAGGGUGGCCAGGACCAGCUCUCGCUCAGGAACACAGGCCAGGAAUCUCGGAAACUUUGCCCAAGGUUCGGAGCGGAUGGGGAGUGCCUUACCUGGCUCAGCUACCCCAGUGACCAGAGGAGCCAGAAUUAGAAAAAUAGGUUUUACCAGUAUCAUCCUUUUAUUGGAUGGGAUUCACCUUGUGACUGACUCAAUGGAUUUGUACAAUGGGGCAACAACAGAGUCAGGGAGAGCGCUGCGGGACCUGGCUCAUAAGCUGGAGGAGAAGUUGCAGAAAUUUGAGCAGAUCCACAAGGCUCUGCAGUCAGACCUGCCUCAGUGA